CUUCCGUCUGAACCACCGAAGAAGACGGAGGAGAAGAAGCAGGAAGUGUCGAGAGCAGCAGUCAGAACAGAUUAGCCUGAUUAGCCUGCAGGCUAACGCUCUCUGAUAUGAGGUUUCUAAGCUGAACAGUUGUGGCCUGUGUGAACCUCAGCGGGUGUUGCCGUGGCGAUGGCUCUGAUCGAAGGUGUCGGAGACGAGGUGACGCUGCUGUUCGGCUCUCUGCUGCUCCUCCUGGUGCUGCUGCUGGCCUGGAUCUCCACCCGCACCUCCGAGCCCCCGGAGCACCUGUUCACCUCCGCCACAGGCCCCGCCCCGUCACAGAGGAGCAUCCCCACCCGCCAGGACACCCCCCCCCUCUCCACCAACACCACCUCUUCAUCAUCAUCAUCAUCAACGUUGCCCUCUGACUCUGUGAGUGACAGCUCUCUGACAGAAGCUUCGCCCACCAACACCUCCCCCCAGGAGGACAAAGAGGAGGGGGAGGGGGGAGGGAGGGAGGAGGCAGGGGGAGGAGAUGGUCUGAGGAGCAGAGGAGGAGGAGGAGGAGGAGGAGGAGAGCCUUCAUCCUCCCAGAGGAACAUGGUGGUCAGACUGAAGUUUCUCAACGACACAGAGAGAACAGCUCAGGUGAAACCACAGGACACCAUCGGAUACAUCAAACGGACCUACUUUGCAGGCCAGGAGCAGCAGGUCCGGUUGAUCUAUCAGGGUCAGCUGCUGCAGGACGACGCUCAGACUCUGGCCUCUCUGAACCUGGUCCAUAACUGUGUCCUGCACUGUCACAUCUCCCAGCAUGCCAGCCGGGCGGCGGCAGGGGGGGCGCGGCCUGCCGACCAGGUGCAGGUGGCUCUGAACGUGGGCAGCCUGAUGGUCCCCCUGCUGGUCCUCAUGCUGUCGGUGCUGUGGUACUGUCAGAUCCAGUACAGGCAGUUCUUCACCGCCCCGGCCACCGCCUCGCUGGUCGGAGUCACCAUCUUCCUCAGCCUGGUGGCCUUCGGAGUCUACCGCCGCUAGCUGCUCUCUGAUUGGCUGCUGCGUGAUGUCAUCAGCAGUCGGGCGAAGCCCCCUCUGUGAUCUCUGACCUCCGAGCCGGCUGGGACUCAAACCUGCGGGACAAAACAGACGCUGAUAGAGUUAAUGUUUGUUUUUCUGUUGCCAUGGAGAUGCUGAGUGUUAACAGGACUUUAAUUUUUAUUUUUUUUAGAUCACGUUUCUCUGUAGGUUUCUCAUCGUGCCUCUAUUACUUUCUGGUUUGUUCUGGUCCUGAAGGGGAUCGGUGUUAGACCAGCACCAGACUGUAGACCGGACCUGUCCGUCUGUCUAACAGCAAACAGCUUUUCAACAGAAAGAAAUUCUAUUAAAUCAUUUAUUUAU